AAAUAAAGUUAAGAAAACGAAAAAUAAUUAAUUAUAGAAACAAGGGGAUCCUUUAGCAAUUUCCAACAGUAUGAAAUUGCAAGCUUUCAGAAAACAAACAACUAAUCUUUCUCCUAUGUAAAUCGUUUUUCGCAGGUUCCUCGCAUAAAUUACCGUAUCAAUUCGAUUUAUCCGCACCUAAAUCUUCCAAUCUGCAACCACACCCUUUCAUUCUCCGAUCCACUCUUCACCUUCGUUCAUCGAUUUAUUCCCAGAUAAAUAAUAUGAACUAUGGUUGCUAGAAAUUCCUGAUUUGAUCUCUUGUCUAUUAUGCAAUUGAAGUUAAUUUGGCUAUUGAGGUCAAUGUUUGGUCAAUAAUAGUUAGAUUUUUAUUUUUUUGUGGAUGGGCAUGUUGGAGAAGACUGCAUUUCACUUCCAAGCUUUUGUUUAGAAUACAAGCGAAAAACUAGUGUCAUAAGAAGGUUGUAGAGUUCUUUUAAUGGGUGCUCCUAAGCAGAAAUGGACUGCAGAAGAAGAGGCAGCUCUGAAAGCUGGAGUAGUCAAAUACGGGGCUGGAAAAUGGCGCACCAUACUUACGGAUCCAGAGUUCAGCACCAUUUUGCGCAUGCGUUCAAAUGUAGAUCUCAAGGACAAAUGGAGGAACAUAAAUGUGACAGCAAUAUGGGGAUCCAGGCAGAAGGCAAAGCUUGCACUUAAAAAGAACCUACCUCCCCCCAAAACUGAAAAUAACCACACAACUUCAAAUGCUAUAGUUCAAUAUAAUCCAGAAGUUGCAACUGCUCAGCCUCUGGCAGUUUCUGGUGGAAUGUCUUCUUCCAAAGAACAAAUAUCAAGAUUGGACAACCUUAUAUUAGAGUCGAUUGUCAAGUUGAAGGAGCCAAAGGGUUCUGACAUGGCCGCCAUUGCUGCUUGCAUUGAGGAUCAAUACCGGUCUCCACCAAACCUCAUGAAGUUAUUGUCAACAAAAUUGAAGCAUAUGGUGGCAAGUGGAAAAUUAAUGAAGGUUAAGGAUAAAUACAGGAUUGCAACUAACUCAACAAAAACAUCGGAGAAAAGAAAAUGUUCUUCCAUGUUACUUCUGGAAGGGAGGCCGGAAGAUUCUCCACGAGCAGAAAAGACUAAUGUCAACAUCCUUUCAAAAUCCCAAAUUGAUGUUGAGCUUUUAAAAAUGAAGGGUGUGACAGCUCAAGAGGUGGCAGCAGCGGCUGCAAAAGCAGUUGCAGAGGCAGAAGCUGCCAUUGCUGAGGCUGAGGCAGCAGCAAGGGAGGCAGAGGCUGCCGAAGCCGAAGCAGAGGCUGCACGAGUGUUCGCAAAAGCAGCAAUGAAGGCACUGAAAUGCAGAAGACUUAAUAUAUGAUGAUAUCUCAGCUUCUGCAUGGUUGAAAUGAUCAUUAUAUUGUGCAGAUGGUAUUUAAUUGCUGUGCAUAGUUAGGGUUGUAAAUUUGGAAUGUGCCGGGUUGAUCCAUGACACAUUUUUGUCAGGAGUCAGGAAUAGUUUAUUAUUUAUUAAUUUUUGUAAACCUUAUUUUUAAUGAAAGGGUAAAGACAAUGAGGUGAGGGUACACAGUAAUAGUUUGUUUUGGUUGUGGAUGAUAAAAAAUGAUUUUGAAUGCAUUGAUUAAACGUGAGUUUAAGAUGAAGUUCUUUAUAUUUGGAUACA